GCUAACCUAAAAGGCCACGUGAACUGCAUCUGUCUAAAUGCUCAUGGCCCUAGCGGUUAUCUGCCGUGCUUCAUUUUAUCAUUUUGUACAGUUCCUUCACCUCAUCUGAUGUCUGAGAGACUCUCAGGGAAGAGACAUGUGAGGCAGGACAAAUGUAACACAGGGUUUAAUGUACCACAUUCUACUCAGUCAGAAGCUGGUGCUGGACUUGCUUUAACAUAAAACUUUAAAGAAAAAAAAAUCUUCUGAGUGGUUUUUAGAAGUUAAUAAUCUUUGGCAUCUUAGUCUCACACAAGACAAGGAGCAGCAGAAUAAAACAUUAGAGUGGCAGUCUCAACUAUCCUUUGUAAAGCACAGUCCAGUUAAAAGUACUUUGGAUGGCAUUCUUUAACUGAGGAUAUAAAAUUGUAUCUUCCAACACUGACAAAACGUCGAAAUAAAUUAUAACUCUGUCUAAAGCCAAACAUGGAAGAAAAGGAGGCCUUUUGUGAGGACCCAAAUAAAACCCGCUCUGUGCGCAGUGGCACAAAAGCAUCCCCAGCCUUCAGGUUUCAACAAAUCCGUCUUAACAACAACUCCCUCCCUUCCCCGCCUCCCCUUUCUUAAUUCUCCCACAGCUGGAAAAAUGAGAGCGAGAACCUGGUAUUUAUCUUCUAGCCUCAUCAGCAGUUUCCCCCUCUCAUCUCUCAGCAGCCCUUUAUUUGUUACUUUCACUCUCGCUUGUGGGCACCUCAUGGGCAAUGUCAGACCUCAGCACCAGCCUCCUCCAUGUGGCUUGUCCUCAUCAGACACUGAGAUCAUCUGGAGUCAACUCAGUGCAGCUUUUGUUAACUGGUUCUCAACUGCACAGAAUAGUUCCUGAUCUGACCAUGCACCACCGUUAACCACUGGGAUCUUCUAGGAGAACAGAAGCUGAGUAACAUCAUGGCCUCAGCAGAUCUCCAGCUCCUUGCUUUCAUCCUGGCUUUAUCUGGGGUCUCUGGAGUACUCACUGCCACUCUGCUGCCCAACUGGAAGGUUAACGCAGAGACAGGCUCCAACAUUGUAACUGCUAUUGUGCAGGUGCAUGGGCUGUGGAUGGACUGCACGUGGUACAGCACUGGCAUGUUCAGUUGUACCGUGAAAUACUCCAUCCUGUCUCUACCCAUCCAUGUGCAGACGGCCAGGGCCACCAUGGUCCUGGCCUGCGUUCUUUCUGCUUUGGGGAUCUGCACUUCUGUAGUAGGAAUGAAAUGCACUCACUUAGGAGGGGACACACACACCAAGAAUCAAAUCUCCUUUGCUGGAGGAGUCUGCUUUAUGACUGCAGGGAUCUCUGGCUUGAUCCCAACAGUGUGGUACACCAAGGAGAUUAUAGCAAACUUUCUAGAUCUGACCAUUCCGAAAAGCAGCAAGUAUGAGCCUGGAGGAGCCAUCUACAUCGGGUUCAUUUCGGCGAUGCUACUACUCAUCUCUGGUAUUAUUUUCUGCACUUCUUAUAUAAAAAAGAACCCCAAACCAUGGAUCUACCCUCCCAAGAAUCAACAUACCUCUACCUGGCAGCCAGAGAACAGGUUUACAUACAACCUGAAGGAUUACGUGUAAAGAGCCGUGCCAUGAACAUGCAAUGAGGCUUCUGGGAGCCUGCUUAAACUUUAUUAGAACAAAACACACCCAUGCCUAACUUCUUUUACAAAGAGUACAAAAUAUUAAAAAAAAUUAUGAUGUACCUUACAAUGACAACAAACUACCAUAUACAAUUAUAUCUGUCUUGAAUUUCUUUAUUUUCCUAUUAUUAUAUUCAUGUUUUAUUUAAAAGAAUAUAAUUGAAAGAGGCCUGACUAUAUUAAUAAGGUGAUGGGUGACAGCAUUAAUUUGCUUUUAAAGCUGUAUUUUAGAUUACUUUUUUGUAAUUAUGAAGUAUAUAAAAUAGCUUCCCUUGGUGUUGAUCAGGAAUAUUGUCUAGUUUGCCCUCUGGUGGGCAAUGCCUGAGUAGCUGGCUUCUGUUUUCAAGCCACAGGAUGUGGAGGAGACUCCAGCAACAGAGACCAGAACGCACGCAGAGGCUGCCCAAGCCAUCCACCCCCAGCCCCAGUCUCCAUUUUACUUUUUCAUAUGUGUAUAGUAUUAUAAUCUAUGCAAACUCAGAUUAGAUAGAACCAAUGCACUGGUAACACUGCUGCAGUACACAAAAGCCAAUACAAGCACAAACUAAAAUAUGGCACUUUUUAUGUACAAGCCAACUAAAAAGAGCUCUACCUGCUUUAAAUUACCCAAGGACUGCUCUCUCCUCUGCAUCUAGAAAACAGAUUAAGUUCAUUUCUCCAGUCAUUUAGAUUUACCCCAUCCCACUGAAUCUCACAGUUAGCACUAUUUGACUCGGUUACUAUGUUUUUUUGAGACAGAGUGUUAGAUAAGCCAGACUGCCUCCUGUGUGCUGGGGCUUAGACACAUGUUCCACCAUGUUUAGCUUAACUUUUAGCUAAAGUUUAGUACAACUUUUAGGUUGUACUUUUUUCCUCAAAUUUUAUUCAAAUUAACUCUUCAGUUAAUAGAAGUAAAAUAACUUUUAAAGUAUAAAGAAUGUUUUUAAGAAUACUUAUAAAUUAUGACUUUUGGACUUUUCAUAGGUGCAAAGAAACACUGUAGGGUUUCUAGUAAUUUAUUUGCUAAUUUAUGCUUACUGAUUGCUCAUAAAACAACUGCUAAAGGGAAAAAGAUUGUGCAUUAGUGACUUAGGAAGUGGAAAGAGUGUUUAUGUGAAUAAAUAAUUUUCACUGUGUGUACAGAAAAGAGACCAAAAUACUUUAAUUCUAUUAACUGAGUAGAUAUUCAUGCUCUGAUAUGAUAGUUGCAGAUAAGUUUUAGAUCUUAGAGAUCAUCUCCUAUCAAGUAUCUUCAGUGGAACAAAUACUACAACAAUUCAUGCUCAUAUACUAACAUAAAUACGUAAAUACUUACCUCUG